AUGGCUGACCCGCUCGCUAUCGCAUCAGGGCUUGCCGGACUUCUUUCACUUGGUAUUCAAGUCACCCAGUCUUUGGUUACGCAGAAUCUCGACAGUCUUCUGGGCACCUUCCGAAUCCUCGAUAUUGCAGUAGAGGAACGCCGAUCGCAGGCCGACGCGCAAGAUCUACUCCGAGAAGUCGAGAAGGCGGUACAGAAGUGCGAGGAAAUCAUCACGGAGCUAAAGAGCGAGUGUGAGAAAUUCCAGAAAGACUCGGCUGCCAGUUUAAAGGAUCGCAUUAAGGUUGCCGGCCGUCGCGCGGCCUAUCCGUUUCGUAAAAGCACCCUAUAG